CCGUUCAAUAGCUCAAGUUUCCAGAUUUCCACUCUUCUUCUUUUCUACUGUCUUUAAUAUUUUACAGAAAAUUCUAAUUGAAAAUUAUUAUUUGUAAAAAUCAAAUAUUAAACCUGUCAGGUCUGUAUAUCUUACUCUGCAAUAGAUCGCCGCCGCAUCAGAAAGUUAUUUUUGGCGGGGGUUCGGGGCGAGGGAUAGAGAAAAAGCGGCGGCGCUUUUGUGCGGGGAAAUGUCGCAAUGUUCGUCGUUUGGCAGAGAGCAGCGGCUUUGUCCUUGUUGCUGGCUCCAAAUUCAUAUUUGGUUUACUAGGGAAUUAGAAAUCCAGAGAACAUUUCUGGCAUUGCUUGCUUGGUUGACUAUCUGUUCCCAUGUAUGAGUUUCCAGUAAAGUAAAUGUAAGAUGAGAGCAGUGAUCAUCCGUAGCUCAAAAGCGGAGCGAAUGUAUGGAUUUGAACGCAUUUUGCAACUGAAGAAGCCAUAGAAAUCAUAGUUAAGCUCUCUUAAGAAUUGCCACCAUGGGGAAUGUCAAGGAGCAAGUUACAAAUAGUAGCGAAAUCUUUACCAUGGAGGAGACUGCAGUGCUUAAGAAAAUUAAGGCUACUUAUGAUCUAGACAACAUCGAAUUCAAUAUGCUUCCUAUCCUAGAACUCAUUGAGGAUAUUAUAUACACUCCCAACAUGUCCUCUGAUUCUGCGGAGGAAAGGCCAAAGUUCCAAUAUGAAGCCAUUGGGAAGAUGCACCAAAAUUUGGCAUCGAAAAUAAAUGUCAUUUCAUGUGAGAUAUUGGGAAGCUGUAACAGGAAUCAAGACACAAACGAAAUAGUGCUCUCCAUGUUUGGUGCUCUUUCAACUUUGAAUUGGAUUGCAAAGGGAGUAGUUGCCUUAGCAGCUUUUGCCAUCAAUUAUGGAGAAUUUCGGCUUCUUGUCGAGCAACACUCCACAGAUUCUACAGCCAAACUGCUAUCAUUACUUGAGAAUGUGCCGGCAGACUUUUUUAAAGAGGAGCUCUAUAUCAAAAUUGCCAACUUAGCCAAGGCUGCAAUGGAUCUGAUUAAGUACAUUUGGAGGGUGAAGUACUUAUAUGUUAAUCACAUUAGUUCUAAAACACCAAUAGAAGAUCUGAACGCGAAACUUCAUAUUGCUAUCUAUUGGAUAAUUCAGAGUAUUGUGAUUUGCCAAUCCAUUAUCACAAACCUUACCAGCACGGGAUACGAGAGCAUAUCUUCUACCGCAGAGCAGUGGGAGCUAUAUUAUCUAGGGGAGAAAGUGACUGAGUUUCACCAACAAAUUGAAAGAGAAACAUCUGAAAAGCUAUGGAGCCUUUUCCCCCAGAAGAAUAUCACCAUUCUAACAAAUGUGAUCUGCUGUGAAGACCAUAUGCCCGUGCCACUUAUUGAUGGUGACACAAAAAUUCCACAAAAGGUUGACAUGUUGAAGAAUAAACCAGUGCUGCUAUACAUUUCAAACCUUGAUCCACCUAAAGAUGAAAUUGAAACUGUGAAACGGGUACAUGCUGCACAUAAAGAUAAGGUCCAAUUUGUCUGGUUGCCACUCUUGGAUAAAUCCAAAUAUUGGAAUGAGGAAACAUAUGAAAAGAAACGAAAAUUAAUGCCAUGGCUUGUUGUACGGAAGCCUCAAUUGCUAGAUGGGACCAUUGUUAAAUUCAUCGAGAAUGGUUGGGAGUUCAAGAAGAGAUCAAUAAUUGUUGCAUUUGAUAGAUAUGGCAAUGUUGAGAACAAAAAUGCAUUACCUAUGAUUCUCAUUUGGGGAAGCAUGAAGGCUUAUCCUUUCACUGAUGGCAAGGAGACAGAGCUCUGGAAAUCUCAGACAUGGAGAUUAGAGUUACUGCUCCCCCUCCCUGAAUUUACAUCAGAACCUAAUGGUCGUGAAAAGAUCACUCAGUUGGAUCAAUGGAUUAAAGAUGAGAAGAAUUACAUAUGCAUGUAUGGCGGAGAAGACAUAGAAUGGAUCAAGAGAUUCGAGGCCAGAGUGGGAGAUAUUGCAAAUGAUUUGAGUAUUCCCUCUGAUAAUAUGAAGAUGCUUAACCUAGACAGCUUGAGUGUGGCUUGGAUAACAUGGGCAAGGAUUGAGGCAAUAUUUGUUUCUCGUUCCAAACAAGCAAAUGAACAAAGUCAUGAUCCAAUCAAAGAGGGAGCCCUGACAAUGUGUAGCUUCCACUGGAGUCGUCGUGGCUGGGCAAUCAUCAGCAAAUGCUCCAGUAAUUUAAUGGCCAAAGCGUUGGGCAACGUUAUGCUCAACUGCUUGAAUAAGUGCAAACCUGAAGAGUGGAAAAAGAAUGGCCUUGUGGAGUCUUUGAAUGCUUGUAUAUCAAAGAGUUGUGAGACCUUACAUUUCCUGCCAACAUUUCCAGAGAUACCCAAAAUGAGAGUUUGCUCCCAAAGUUCCUGUGGUCGUCCAAUGAGGAAAUCCGUCACCUUCCAUUGCUUGGGUUAUAACAAAACACAGAGUACUAAUCCAACGGCAGAGAGCUGAGGUGGUCCACUGAUCCAUAAAAGGGGAGGGGUGAUUCUUCAGGUACCAUUAACCCCAAAUUUCCACCCUUCAAUUCUCUUGUAGAAUCUCAAUCUUGAAUGCCCCUGUUUGUAAUCUGAGACUCCCAAAUCUUCAACACUAUUUCUUCAUUUGUUUUAUAAUUAGUGUGUGAAUUUCCUCCAGUGGUGUUUUGUUUUGGAUGCCACAUGAUUAUCAUAACUUAUGUGUAUUUAUUUCUCAAUUUCAUAUGAUGAUAUUCCUCAUCAUAAACACCAUAUGUAUAAAUAGUGUUUUGGUGAUGGAGCAUGCCAUCUGUUACUAUAAGUUGUGGUUUUU